GCUAUCCUUUCACUUAUCUCCAUUUGUCCUUCCCACGCUCUUUUCUUUUUUCGUUUCGGGUCGAAAAUGGCGGGCCGGGGCAAGACUCUAGGAUCCGGAGCAUCGAAGAAGGCAACCUCGAGGAGUAGCAAGGCCGGGCUUCAGUUUCCGGUGGGUCGUAUCGCUCGGUUCCUUAAGGCUGGCAAAUAUGCUGAACGGGUGGGAGCUGGAGCUCCGGUUUACCUCGCUGCUGUUCUUGAGUAUCUUGCCGCUGAGGUUCUUGAGCUUGCUGGAAAUGCAGCCAGAGACAACAAGAAAACCCGAAUUGUUCCACGUCACAUCCAGCUUGCAGUAAGGAACGAUGAAGAGCUGAGCAAACUACUAGGAGAUGUGACAAUUGCCAAUGGUGGUGUGAUGCCGAACAUCCACAACCUCCUCCUCCCCAAGAAAACUGGAACCUCCUCCAAGGCUUCCGGAGGUGAUGAAGAUUAGAUCAGAUUAGUUUCAACUCGGAAAUCCAGGAAGAAACUAUUCCCUCACUGUGUUGAUGUGAUUCUGAGAUUCAACAGUCUCUGUUGUUAUAUUAGUUUUUGGAGUUUAGGGUUUGAAGAACUCUUUAAUGUCUUAUGGAAUUGUAGUUUGUUGACAGUGUUUAGUUAGUUGGUAGUUUUAGGGUUUUUAGUUUCAUGUGGAUAUAAUCAAUCUUCUACUUGCUUAAUAUAAGAGCUGUGACUCAUUUUUUAACUC